AUGGUAGACGUAUACAAGAAGCCAAAGAACAUGUCCAUAGGCAUGUACUACAGCAAGGACUACAUCGACAAGCGGAGAAAUAACAACUACUAUGGGUACAGCCAUAACUACAGAGGGUACAACUACUACAAUAUGCUGCACAAUUAUAGGAGGGGGAUCCACUACGAGGCACAGCGGGGUGUAGCUACUGAGGAGCACAGAGAGAAGCAGAAGGAGGAGGUUCCCGUAAGCGGUCCUGCAAAGGAUGUGAGCGAUUCCGGAAAAACAGAAGGCAAAAAGCGCAAAGCAGAGAAAGAAACGGAGAAGGACGAAGUCGGAAGCAGAGACAAGAAAAAGGAAACCAGCACAAAAAAGUGCAUCAUAAAAAUACUUAAAAGGCCAACCGAGGCGGUGAGAACCGAAGAAGGAAAGGGCAAAACCCCCGUGCAAGGAGAGAAGGACCCAAUGGAGGAAUCGGAGCAGAAGGAGGCGCAGAAGGAGCAGCAAAAAAAGAAGAAAAAGGAGAAGGUAAAAGAAAAUGAACCGGAAGGCGCCAAAGAUUGCGUCGAACAAAGCGGCAGAAAGAAAAAAGAAGGAGAAGGUACUACUAGUAAGGCCAAAAAGGUAAAGGACGGGUUCAAAUUUACGUCCACACAGGAGCUGUUUAAUUUGCUGCUCAAGGAUGUUAAAAAUAACUCCCUUGAUGAAGAGGAGCAGCAGGGGCAGAAACAGGAGCAGCCGCCGCAGCAACAGAUGGCAAAGCAGGCGGAGAAGAAGAAAGCCGCCACCACGACUGCGGAUCCCGCGAAAGGACCCUCCGAAGGAACAAAAAUGGAGAGCGAAAAUGAAAAUGCGAUGAAAAUUACCAAAAAGAGCAUACCAAAUUUGGUUAAGAAAGGUACCACGAGCGCAGCGGGGGGGAAGGAUACUCAACCCGAUCGUAAUGAUAAUGUGGCUCAGCAGCUCAAUCAUGAAGAGGAGAAAAUUACCAAAGAAAGUGAACAAAGGAAGAGCAUUAAGAUUAAGGCCAAGGAAGGAAACAGCAGUAGUGAUGUACCAAAGAGCGAUAAAAUAAUCGAAGCAGAGGAAAAAUUUCCAAAUGUUGACAGCAAAAAUAGUGCUGCCCAAACGACCAAGGCUACAGGAGCCAGUGAGCAUCUUAAAGAAAGCGUCAUUGCAUUAAAGGGAAAAAAGGGAAUUGCCAGCGGAAGCAAUAAGUACAACAACCAAAUGAACAUCGGAAGCAACAUCAGCAAGGGAAGAAAAAUUAUAAAAAUAAAUAAGAAUGUAGAAAAUGGGAGAUAUAGUUACACUGGAAGUAGGAAGGAUCUAACUGGAGGUGCCAAUGGCUUCGGAGGAGCCGCAGGUCAUUAUGUGAAAUACGCGACCUCAAGGUAUCCAAAUUUUACAAGCAGAUGCAGUUUGCUAAGUCACGCUUCGAAGAUGGAUCUGUGCAAGCACAACAGUAUGGGUAACAGACUGACCAACAGCUUGAGCGGUGGCAUGGGUUCCGGCCAAAGGAAUGACGACUCUAGGAAGGCUGGCAAGAAGGAGGAGGAAGAGGGGUUCUUCGCCAUCCCCAUCUAUAUGAGAUCCCCCAAACCGGAGCAGAUCCCCAUACCGGUGUACCUGUCGGAGGUCACCGACCAGGUGGGGCCGCAGGAGGGAGUGCAGGAAAGAGUACUAGAGGUUCGGGAGGUACUGACCCAGGAAGUGGACAUCAAAGAAGACAUCAAGGAGGACAUCAAAAUGGACGUCAAAGCGGCCAUCGAAGCUCUGCCCGAAGCGCCCUCCGAAACGACGAACGUGCAUGGUAUGAAGUCCAAAAGCAAGGGCCAAUCCCAAAACGGAAAGGGAACGCCGAACGGAAAUGCGCAUAAUAAGGACAGCCAAAAUGGUCCAAACUUUACGAAGAAAAACGUAGAAAAGAAGAAAAAAAAUAAAACCUUCCUAAACAAGAACUAUAUGUCGUUUAAUCAAGAACAGAUCCAUGCCAACAGACAUAGUUACGAUUUUGUCAACACAGGAGGAAAUGUGAAGAGCAACAAAGUGUAUAAUAUGCACUCGCUGCACUCGUCCUAUGUGAAGGGGGCGAACUACAACGGCUGCAACGUGCACGGCAGCGGGAAAAACAUCAAGAUGGAAAAAUAUUUUCAUCACAAGAGGUACAAAGUUAAGGCCUACUCGAGCGACAACAACCAAAGGAGUAAAAAUUUGAACCCCCUCAAGGAGGUAAAGAUAGCUGUGUAUUGA